GCUAAAGGUUAAAAAAAAAAAAAAAAAAAAGGAAACACUCUUUAAAGGAAAAAAUCAGGAAACAAUCUUUGACAACAAUGGCCUGUUUCUGAUAUUUAUAAAAUUUAUUCAAUGAGUCAAAUGAUAAUUGAAAACUAAAGUUUCUCUCUGCAAACACUCACACAUUAAAAUGGAAAGUGAUGAAGAAGAGGAUUCAAACUCAUUGCUUUCUCUUUCCCUCCUCCAGACUGAUAAUGGAUCUGCAAUGACCCUCUCAACAAAUCAAACAAAUACAUGGUCCUCCUCAGCUGAUGGGGCUGUGAGUGAUAUGGUGAAUCAAUUCUCACCAGUCUCCCCAGCUGAUAGUUACCAUGGCCAAGUACUAGCUGCCAGCAAUGAUGAUGGCUUCAAUAGGUUUUACAACUUUAGGUCAUCUGAAAAUCACCAGCAUGUGAACAAGAGUAGUUCAUUCAUACGCACUGACUCCAGUGCUAUUUCUGUUGACAGCAGCUUCCAAUCAUUGACAAGGAUUAACACAGGGGAUUUCAGUCAUUCUGGCAGUGGAGCAGGCCAUGGAAGUGGGUUCUUUGACCAAACAUUAGAUGCCAGGGGCAGUGAGGAGUAUAUCAAUAAAGAUCCUGAAAGUUCCUUUCGAAGUAACCAGUAUGAACAUAUUCCACAGACUCGGUUGGAUAGCACUACAAAAGCAAACCAAACCAACUUGAACCAUAAUGAAGGAUACAGCAAUAUUAUGAACAUCUCCGUAGUAUCUGAAAGUGAUGGGAAAAUGGAUAUAUUUGAGUCUAGAACCAGACAAAAUAAUUUCAUUAAAGACAUUGACAAUUUCUAUGAACAAUCCUUGAAUAAAUCAUCAAUGAAAUCUGGGCCGAAUAAUGACAUUUUACUGGACCGAAAGCAUGUGGAGUUGUCUAAUUUUGAUGUUUUUGAUGAUUUUCCUUCAAGUAAUCGAGACUUUACUCAGUCCUCAUCUAAAUUAGAUGCAUCUUUAGUUACACGAAUAAAUCAGCAGGGUUCGUUUCACCAUCAGCAAGGAGGUUUUGACAUGUGCCAAACUUCAUCAGUUCCCAAGCAUUCGGCAUUAAUUUCUUUUCUAAAUAGUGGCUCCCAACUCAUUAACUCAUCAACCAGCAUAGAAUCAACCUCCAAAAGAAUCCCUCCUAUCCCAUGCUCAGGAUUCAAUGGUUUCAAUAUAAAUGAAUAUGUUAGGUCAGGGUCGUCAUCGCAAAAAAAACCCAGCUUUAUUCAAAACAAUGAAAUCCCUUCAGAUUUUCAACCAGUUUUUCACAGUGAUUUUACUGGCCAACAAAAAUUAUCUCCAGAACCUCAUGUGAACUUUGAUCAUUCAAACCUAGCAGAUGAUCAAACAAUCUCCAGGCAACAAAGCAAGUCUCUGCAGGAACCUAAAGACUAUGUCAACAAAUGGAGCGGUCGUCCAAGAGCCCAUCGUAAAAUGGCAAGACUUUUAGGUAGUGAUGUAAAGGAACAGUUUAAUAUUCAAGAAACUUCCAAAUCUUCUAAUGGAUCAGUCUCCCACAGUAAAAACUCCUAUCAGCCAGUUCUUCAGAAUGACUUUGCCAGCAAUGGACGCAACUUUUUGACCAUGGAUGAAGAACUGGAUAUUCGAGCAAGUCAGCAACAAGAGAGACAGUUUCUAAGGAAAGGUGAAACAUUAACCCGCCAUCAAGUUUCACAAAGAGAACUGGGUUUCAUGCAGUCUGCAGCAUUUUCAUUAGAUGCAACUAGUAUGUCAUCUUCAUCGACUAAAGACUCUAUGAAUAACAUACUGGCUAAUCAGCAGUUUCUGAUUCAAUCUCAACUUGAUCUAGACUUUCAUUCUUCACUUUCACAGAGAGAUAUUGAUCUGAGCCCACAUUUUGGAUUGCAAACAGUAUCAAAGGAGUUUGAAGCAGAUCAAUCCAAUGUCAGUGCUGGGCAAGACUUAAUCACUUUUGCACAGUCUCAUUUGCAGCACAUCAAUCAACAAGAUUUGUCUCUUACAGACAAUUUGGGCCUUGGGUCACACCAUUCUCAAGAGCUCAACUUGGAUGCUUACUUUGCUACACCUAGUGAAAAGGAAGUGACCUUUGGAAGGAAGAGUGCCUCUGACGUUCAGAGAGACAACGGUGACACAGCCGACUUCAAUAUAGAAGAGUUCAUGAACCACAAGGACAUUGGUCAGGUUUAUUUUGAUAGAUCAGACCUACCCCAGGACAUGACUCUCUAUCAGAAGACUGAAAAACAAGUGUCUUCUGAAAUUCCCAUGGUAACCAAAGAUAAACUAAGGGCUCAUCACUCCGUUAUGGAUAAACAGAGUGACAUUUCUGAAUUGCAAAAAGAACUGACAAAAACCUCAGCUAAAGAGAGCAUGAAAAGGGUGAGAACUCCUAGGGAUAUAAACAGGGCUUUGGAAAUACUUCAAGGGCUUCAGGAGCAUGAACAAGAAGAAGAGAGACGCAAGGCAGUUCAACUGCGCCAGCAGCAGUAUCGAAGUUCUGCAAUUGGUGCCAGUCCAAAAAAGACAUUUCACAACAAGCAUUUAGUUGAGCAGAUGGGCAUUUCCAUUCAGCCUUUUCUUGGGCAGUCAUCCCACUUUAUUGAGGACCAGUCUGUUAACAAUCUGUUGGACCAAUCACAACUCAUCAUUAAUGAUGCUCAUCAAGAUGGAAAUGUGUUGCUAACCCAAUACCAGCAGAAGAGUUUCAUCCCUGUUCACCAGCCAAACAUUGUAAAUGCACAGAAUAAAAAAGAUUCUCAAAAUUCCCACCAAAAUGUCAGUGACUUAACAUACCAUGCAGUGAAAACAUUUCCAAACUCAAUGAAAGACAUGGGCUCUAGUCAAAGCACUAGUGUGUUUAUCAAUCAGCAUUCCAACCUUGCUUCCAUGUUGACUGCAAACAGCACAGUCAUCUCAGAAUUGCCAAACCAAGAGCCCAGAUCAGUUCACUUUCAAGGCCAGCAGACAGAGCUAGACUCCCUGGCUGGAAAGAUCCAGUCUCAGCCUGGAAACUUAGGAGCUGAGCCAACAGCUAAGAGGCGAAAUGAGUCUGUCUUAAAUGAGAACAGAGACAAGAAGAUCAGGGUUGCAGAUGCUAACACACAAAUCUCGGAAGACUUCUACGCGUCUGCUAGUUCAAGGCAGCAGGAAGAUCUUCUGAUGUCAUCUCGCAAGAGUCUGUAUGCCAUGAUGACUAGGGAGGAAUUUUGUGAUGCAGUUCUUUCGACACCUAAGCAAACUGUCAAGAUUCAUCAAGCUGUCCUGUGUUCCAUGAGCCAGUAUCUCUCCACUCUCCUCUUGAACAUGAAGCCCAAUCCUUCCACAGUGGCUGCAAGCUCAGAGCCCAUCUCCCCGUCAACUUUCUACUUCUCCAACUCAGUCUCCAAUCAAGGGGUCCUACUUCUGGUCAACUGCGAGACCAUCAAGCCCAGCUCUAUUUCUGCCUUCCUAGUUUUCAUCUACCUGGGCAAAACGGAAUUCAGCGAGAGCAACAUCCUUGAUCUCUACAUUCUGGCUUGCAGUCUGAAGGUAACGUCUCUGGAAGACCUCUGCAAAAAGUUUAUGUGGUCGACGCAGAUGCCGGACGAUCACAUCAAAGUGCCGCAGCUUUUGGUGUUUAGCCACAAAUCAGAAACCAGGGACCAGUCCAGCAUGGCAGAGCUGGGGGCUCCAAAAGUCUUUGAAGAUAAAAGCAUUAACACAGCUUCAAAUGUAAAAUACAUGGAGGUCUCUACUCAGACGGACAGAUCAACUACUGAGUCAGGUGGAGGAGGUCAGGAGGAGUGGGUCAUGCUGAAGAAAACAAAACAAAAAACAGUGUCACCAUCGAAAGGUCCUCUCUUGAACAAAAGCAAUCAGAGCUGUGAAAACAUAGUUAAUUGUAAAGUUGGCAAAAAAGGAUGGCUUUCUCCCAAAAAACACAAACUAGAAAGUCCUUCAGAAGUGGGACACACAUCAAAGGAUAACUUCUUAAAAAUCGGCAACAUUGAGGUCUCUAAAGUAAAUGAUGCUGUUCAAAGACUAGAAGAGAGAAAUGCUUCUAAUCAACAAACAUUUUUUCAGUUGGUUGACACAGAACAAAGUGUUGACACCAACACUGAUGCUCCAGAGAAACCAUUUGGCAUUAAUUUUCCUCUGGAAUGUCAGAACAAGUUACCAGCAGGAAGCCCUUUGUCUCACAGUGGUCCCUCACUCCAUAAACGAACCACGGUGGAAAUAGCAGCUGCUGCUGCAGCGGCUAAGCUGUCUGCUCACUCCUAUGGGACCAGACUUGCGAGAGGUAAUGGAAGACCCCCAUCAUACGCUACUCUGGUGUCUGUUCAAGAAAAAAAGAAAGCUAUGAGCCAGAAAGAGAAAGCAAUCCCCGCAGUUUCCAAGAAGAAAGACUUCAUCAAAUCUAAUCCCCCAAUUGAAUACAGCCCGGGCCAUAAUAAUGUCCAAUUACCAACCACAGAAUCCCUUCAGGCCAUCUUAGAGAAUAAAUGUGAGGACAAGAUAACCACCAACAAGUCAGCUAGCAACACAUCAAAUCUAUCAGUCAAGAGGCCUAUUAAAAAAAGUAUUGUUCACAGGACUGAAUUCUUAAGGAAUGCCUUCACUAAGGAUACUUUCUUAGACGCAGAAAGUGUAAAUGUUAAAAGUGAUAUCAGCUCAGCGUUGAUGAAUGAAUAUAUGGACACUGGGGAUGGAAAUGACUGUACUUUCAUUGAUUCCAUUGUCAACACUAUUGAAGCAGAAAAUAUGGAUUUCCAGAAAGUCAUCAGUGACCUUGACAAUGAACUUAAUAGAUCACCGCCACCAGCUCCCACACCGGUAAGCUCAUCCGUGUCAUCCACAUCUUUGGCGUCUCCACUCAAGUCUCCACAACUAUCCCUUGCAACCUCAGAGUCAUCAUCUCCUGUUAAAGCAAAGUCAACGCCCCAAGGUUUCAGAAAGAGGCUCAUCCAUAUGAUGAACUCUGAAAAUAGCACGUUUCUACAAGUGGCAUUGCCAGUGUCUCAGGCACAAGCAGCCAUGACCCUGAGCAGUAGUCAGAUUGAUGCACAAGCUUCUGUCUUUCAACCAUCUCCAGAAGUAACUUUAAACAACUGUCAGCCUGAACCAAAGCAAACUUCCUCUACCGGGGAAAUGACUCUACCUUCAAAGCUAAACUUGGACCUAACAAAGUCUCUAAACAAAAGUUCUUCCACUUGUUCAGAGGCCACUCUUUAUAACUUAAAGGAAAACUAUUCUUAUGCUAACAGUUAUCUCCAAAAUAUAGAAGAAGAAGAUUUGGAAUCUCCCAUUCAAAAUAAACAUAGUGUCAGUCUUUUGGAAUCUUCUCUUAACAAACACACCUUAAUGACUGCAAUGGAAGUGUGUGAUAUUGCAGCAAUUAAGACUCAAGACAAAGCUGUGUCAUCACCCCUCAGCAAUUUUUCUCUGAUGACGGACAGAGAUCUAGGAUUGAAAGAUAGCCAGAUUCAAAGCUUUGAUCACAAGAUAUUCAAACGGAAGAAGAAAAUCAAAGUCAGAAAGCUUCCUGUGGCUGAGGUAGAACUUCUGACAUCAAAAAGCAAGAAAUGUGACAGUGAGAACAGUUUGACUAAAGCAAGACAAAGGAAGGUCACUGGUAGUGAUUCUGAAGGUGGAGGAGGAGGCAGACUAAAAAAAUUGUCUGCCGACAGACCUCAGACACAGGCAAAUGUCAGGCCGCCACCCAAGAAACGAGCCAAGAUGGAGCUUGAGCUGAUGAAAGCAGCCAAUGAAGUAAAAACCAAAAAUGUGGACACAAAGAUGCGAGAGCUAGAAAAAUGUUGUGUUAGUGAGAAUGCAAGUGAUGCUUCUACACCAACUUGUGCAGUCCAGGAGAAUGAGCUUACAACGAUUGGGGAAGUUACUUCUGAUAGAAAUAUGACAACAGUUGAUAAAAAACCACCAGAGAACAAAGUUGGACAAAAUCUGAACAAAUCUUCAUUGAGCAGCACUGACCAAAGCAUCAUUGAAAAGGACAACGUAUUUUUAGAAGAGACCAAGCUGACCUCCUUGCUGGAGAGCAAAAUCAAAAAGACCAACUGUAAGAAGCCAAUCACCUGUACUCUUUGCCAGUCUAAGUUCCGUAGGGCACGCCGUGCUGUGAAACAUGUUUUAAACCAUGGUGUCAGCAGCAGUGAAGUGAUGGACAACAUCAGUUUUGGGCAAGGGGAAGAACAGGAAGCCUGCGGUGUGUGUGGCUAUGUCACCAAGGACCAGAGCUACCAUUACAUGCACUACCACAAGUAUUUCAAACAUGGCAUCCCUCUCCCCAUGGGCUGGAAAGCUGACCGCUGUGAGAUCUGUGGGAAGGAGUGCUUCAACAAGUUCCAGCUGAAAGAGCACAUGCACACACACAAGGAGGGUCAAGGCUACAUCUGCUGGAUCUGUGGCCAGAGUUUUAGAUCCAGGAACUGUUUCAACAGCCAUGUGUUCCACAAGCACAACCAAAUACGUAAAUAUAAAUGUAAAGUUUGUGAGAAAUGCUUUAAAACCUGGACACAGUUGAAAGUUCAUGUCAGGUCACACACAGGCGAGCGCCCAUUCUCCUGCACCGAGUGUGAACAUCGCAGUAGCACACAGGGCAACAUGAGGCUCCAUCUCACCACUCAUGGACUUGGCAAGGACAAGAUUCAGGAGCUGAUGGAAAAGAUUGCUAAAAAUGUCACAGAAAUGACACCAGAAUCCCUGGAGCAGAUAAUGGACAACUUGGUUAAAGAGACUUCAGCCAACAAGAAAGUAGACUUGAAGCAACCAGCAUGUAAGAAAACAAAGAGCCAUGCAAAGAGCAGGCAGAGCACUCAGGAGAACAACAAAACCGAUGUGAUAAAAUCCAGGAAAUUGGUUCCCGACCUAAAACCCAAGCCUUUAUUGUUAAAGUUUGAAGGGACUGAACUGAAAAGAAUAUUUACCCAACCUCUAAGUCAAGUGGAGCCACCCAAACUUUUGAGGUCACUGCUGAACAAAACUGUUGCCAAUGGUAAUGACAUCACAGAGGAGGAGAAGAGUAUUAUACAGGUUAACCAGAAUAAUAAAAGUGAGCCUGGUCUUGUUUUGGAUAUGGGCAGUUUAAAGGGCAUGCUGCAGCAGACGCCAGCCUCCUUGCCGCCUUCAACAACUGUAUUCAUUCCAAUGCCAGAUCAAGACCAAGUGCUGCAGCAACAACAGUUUCUUCAGCAUCCAGGAACCACAAAUCAGUCUCUUCUUGGCUACACUGCCAUACCAACUUUCUUUUUGUCUGGUCAGACUGGCUCCCUGGACUCAGGAGGCAGCAUCCUGACCAUUAGUGACUUGACCAGCUCAGGGCUUGGAGUAAUGUCACAGACCAUACAGCUUGUUCAGCCCAAAGGCAUGUCCAGUGUCCAGCUAGGUGGUCAAGAUUUGGUGGCUGAUAAUUUUAUAGGCAACUUUGUUAAUGUCCCUGUGUCAGAAUACACUGUGAUAUCAUCAGGGACAGACAACUGUGAAGGUGAGACUGUCACAUUAGAAUACGACUUUGAAGACCAUGGAGGCGUAGCCAGUGCUGGAAGAGUGCUUGUUGGGGACGACAUUGUUGAUAAUGCAAGGAACGGAGAAAACUUGAGAUUAGCUGGUGCUCCAUCGUUCGGAAACAUUCUCUACCUGGACUGCAACAGCCAAAGUGAUAAAACCUUGAAAGUAGAGAAUUCUGGGAAAGCCGAGGCCAGCUCGCCUGUGUUAGUGGUUGCGAAAAAUUAUCCAGCUUUGAAGUAUUAAAAUGUGAUAAUAUAUAAAUUAACGGCAGACUUUUCUAGUAUCUUUUUUUUUUUUUUUUUUUUUUUUUUUUUUUUUUAGAAUUGCACAAUUUUGAUUAUAUCAUUGACAACUAUAAGUGAGCAUUUCAAUAUUUUGGCUGUGAUUCAAACUUUGGAUGUUGAGGCAUGGCCCUAAUCAGCCAGGAAGACCAAUGACUCAGUUGAGUUUAUGUCUGGAAGUUAAUAUGCAAUAUUAAUCCCUUGUAGUUAAGCUUAAUCUCAGCCAGUUGCAUUUUUAAAACAAUGUGUAUGCAUUUACUUUGUAAUGUAGAUUAUGAAAUCAGUGAGACAGCAUUUACUUUGUACUGUAGAUUUUGAAAUCAAUGAGACAGUAACAUUGCUUUGUUGGUCUAUAUUUUUAUGCAACUUUUCUUUUAUCACAUGGCUGUACUUUUCCUCCUGGGAGAUUAAUCAAAAAUAAUUUGUAGAUAAACAUGGAAAUCCACUUCUAUGCAUUACUUAUGCAAAUUUUAAAAAUCAGUUUUACUUUAUAGAGUUUAUGAAAACUUUUUACACUCUCUAAGCAACUGAACAUUGACGUACAAUAUUAACCCACAAAGAUCAUUGACUGAAAUGUGCAAGACUAUAAAUCAAAUAAGAACAUAAAACUAAAAUGUUAUUUAACCUUGGUUAGGCCAAUAAUAGAAUAUGCAUUCUCUGUUUGGGACCCCUCAACUCAAAAAAACAUUAAGAAACUUGAACAGACACAAAAUAAAGCAGUGAGAUUCAUAACAAACGAAUAUUCACAUUUGACUAGAGUAACACCUUUAGUAAAAUCACUAAAUCUAGAAAUCCUUCAGGAUAGAAGACUUAAUGGGUUGCCUGAGCUAGCCAGGAAAACCAGUGACUUGCCUGAUUUAGGUCAUUGGUUAAUAUGCAUGACUAAAUGCAUGACGCAUAGGACGCAAUCAUCUUCUUUUUUGAAGUAACGUCUGUAUCAUAUAAGAUAAGACUCCAUCAAUAUUUUCCUUUAUUAAUUUUCAUUAAAGAUUGAAUUAUAAUUAGUUUGUUAACUAAUAAAAGCUGUAACUACUCCAAUUAAAUGUUUUGGACAAAAUCAUCAUUAACCCAUUUAUACAUCCAUUAUUAUAAAAGUAAAAAAAGUGAAGUACCCAUUUCAGCCCUUGCAAUCUAUAGGGCAGAUGAUGUAAAGUUCAUCUGUUUUUAUGGCUCACUGAUAACUAGGGUGUCAUGUGGCCAGAACAAUGACCAACUGUCUUGACUUUUUCCCAACUUAUGUCAGGUACUCACUAGAGCUGGGUGGACUCAUGCCCUAAAGUUCCUGAAAUUAAUACCAGUCUUCACCAGGAUUCAAACUCGGGACACCUCAGUUUGGAAGCUAAAGCUUUACCACUCCACCACUGUACAUCCUAUCCAGUAUUGGAGUGUUGUAUACUCUACAAUUGUUUAGCUGAAUUUGAAGAAGGUCGAGAUUGUUUUUUUAAAAGAAAGAAAAAAAAUGUUCUUGUCUUAAGAGGGUAGUCCUUAUUAAUUUUUGUAUAAUGUAUAAUUAAUGAAGACCAGUGAAUUAUGAAAAAAAAAAUAUGAGCUAUAGGUCAUUCAAAAGGUUGUCCAUUCUUGUAUAUUACCAAAGUCUUUCAUUUUUAUUAUUAUAAUGGUAUUACAAUCUAGGUCUAAAUUAUGAAUUAUUUCCCUUUGGUCCUAGUAAAAAAUACACACCAAAAUAAUAUUUUUAAUAUUGGAAACCAAUGAGAACAUUGAGAUGUUUCCUUUAACAUUAAGAAACAUUUCAUGCAUUUAAUAUUUAAAUGUCUUUAUAAUUCUUUUUUUUUUUUUGUAUUGUCCUUCCCUUAAACAUGUUUUGUCAAGGAUUGCUUCCCUUGCAAAAUAAGGCAGCAUAAUAAUUAUGAUAACCAGAGUGUAUUCUGCUUAUAGAGUUUAUUUUUUGUCGUUGAUGUCAGAUUGGGCUCAUUUGAUAUUUUUUAUUCAGUUUUGAUUCAUUAUAUAUCAUCACAGAGUAUUAUGGCUUGGUACAGAAAUACUUAUUAGAAACAAGGCAAGUGUAUUAUGUUUUUUAUGUCUCCACAUUUUGUUCAUUUAUAAUUGUAUGGUAAACCUAUUGGGGUAGAUAGGCUGAAAGUGUUGUUAAAGAUGGCUGUAGGUAACAUUUUUAAAAUAAAAUUUGGUUUAUGUGUUUUGUAAAGCUCAGAUUUCAUGCUUGUCGCAUGUUAUGGUCCAGUGGACCAGUGUGUGUGUGUAUGGGGUAUCUGGGAGUAGGUUUUAGUGCUGCCUUAAGGCAAAAAAACAGCAAACACAACUCUGCUCAAGUCUGCUUUUCAACUUGAGUCCCCUCGAUAGCGGUUUAAGCCUCUCCUCCAUACAUCCCACUUGUAUUGUAAAAUUUACACAGGCUGCUAAUGUUGCUCUCAAGACCUCAGUUCAGUAUUGUGAACAAUAUACUUAACUAUUUUACUGCCAAUAAUUUGUAAAUAUCAUGGUAUUUGUCUAUUUCUAAUUGAUGUAAAUAUGUUACAAGGUGUUACAAGAUAUUGUCUGUUGUGAUACAAAGGUGCUUAAAGAUUAAUGCCUCAAUGCAUUUAGAUCAGUGAUGCCCAACCUAAUUCGACCCGGGGGCCAUUUUAAUUUCCAACAUUUGUCUCGCGGGGCACAUGGGCAAAAAGUUACAAAAAUAAAAUGAAAUCUUUAUGACACUAUUUAGGAUUUGAUACUUAACUAAUAGGUUUUUAGACAAUUAUAUAUUUUUUACUUAUCAGAAAACAUCUUCGUUUCUCUACUUUAUAUGAGCAACUGUGUCAGCACCUUUACCACCGACUCAUUUUGUGGUCUCUUUUUGGUAAAUAUUCCCAUGGAUCCUCCAACCUCUAGGCGUAGUUUAACAAUCUUUUAUUUGCGACUCAAACCAAAAAUGCCGCCAAUGCUGUUUUUAUGUUGUUGUUUUAGAAGACAGCCACACUUUCUUUAUGCAAUAAAUAUAUUGGUUUAUUAUACAAAAAAAAAAAAAAAAAAAGUAAAGAUAUGUUCACUUUUCCUGGUAGAUUCUACAUUUAGAGUCCAAUUUUAUAAACACACAAAUGUUAAAAUCAUGAUACCAACCCGUCAUAGAAAAAGUGAAGGCCCAAACGUAGGUAAAGAUACAUUUUUUCAACCUUUUUUUUGUUUAGGAGGAUUUCUACACUUUGUGCCGACGUUUCGGCGGGCCGGAUGAAACCACGUUGCGGGCCGUAUUUUGGGCAUCACUGAUGCAGUCAGGGCCGGAUUUAAGUAACUGGAGGCCCACACACUUUUUCAAAAUCUUUAACAAAAAUCCACGUAUUAAUAAUAAUUUGUAUUUCUUAAAGCAAGCAAUAUUUUAGAACAGUGUUUCCCAAAUUGGAUACGCAUACCCCCAGAGGUACGGAAAGACUUUGGUGGGGGGCGCGGGGGGGGGUUACAUGUUGCACGUCAGUAACUAUGCUGAUUUUUUUAAAAUACCAAUUUAUUAUGUUCCUUCUUCUCAUAGAUGCAAGGCGAGGGGUUCUCAAAAAUGAUAAAAGGGUACACUUUAGACAAAAGUUUUGGGAAUCACUGUUUUAGAAGAAAGAAAUGGAGAACUUAAAAUUCAAUCUCAUUUUCCUUCUUUUUUUUUUUUAACAAGAAAUAUGUUUACUAUGCAUAUUUUAGUUACCAAAAUAAUUACAUUUUUUAGUGUGUGGAGGGUAAGGUCCUGGGUUUAUGCCCAGCCAUAGAUUUAAAGCUGCUACAGUUGGACACCUCUUAACCACGACAGUGUUGACAACCAUAAAAUUUCAAGUAUUGUCGGUAAAAAUUUUUAAAAAGUUUGAAAAUAAAAACUUAAGCUUCUCAUCUGUGGAAAUGGGGAUAUUGUUUGUUUAUCUUUAUAGUAGGGGCUCCCUCUCUUAUAGAGUGUCCUUGGCAGCAGCCCUUAAAUCUGGCCCUGUAUGCAAUGGUAUUUUAAAACUUGUAAACAAGGCUGUGAUAUUAAACUUAUAGAACAGAGUUUGUAGGUUUUAUUGUGAAUGAAAGACGUGUGUGUGUGUGGUUUCCUAUAUGUGUGUGUGACAUAUUGAUGUCUAUACCAACAUUAAAUCAUCUUGUAAACAA